GUACUAUUUUUGCAAGAUACUAAGCGGACUCGAAAUAGUACAUAUUCCUAAAAGUCAUGACUACUAUUGGCACGACCGGAUCUUCCGCCGUGUGUCAGUAAACUUGAGUUUUGUGAAUGAAUUCAUUUGGAUUACGCGGACUCUCUUCGCGGUGAACCCAUUUCAAGAACGGUCAUCACCGCACCAUCUGUCGGCAAAGUCGCGAACGUAUUACUUGUGAAUGUUGACUUGUAUCACAGGAAGGACACCUCAUCAAUCGAAAUUGAGGAAAGGGCAAGACUUUACCAAUGGAAAAUCGAUAUGAGAUUUCAGAGGGACACGACGUCACGAUAAACAUACACAUCACAAGUAAUACUCCGCGCAAUUCGCAGAGUCGUUAUUGUUCCGUUUCAUGAUUCCCUGACGAUUGGCGAUUGAGACCUCUCAGCGUCUCGACCUGUCGUUCAGAGCUGCCCCGAGAUCAAUAUGGCGUCAGACACGUGUUGUACCACGAGUACUACGCUGACGGUCGGUCGUCUGUCCGUUUCCACGUGAUUGUUCACGAGUGUUUCGUCGCUGUGCACGCCCGCUGAUGUUCCCGAGGAUGCGCGAGGAUGGAGAAAAGUUGUGAGACCAAAAGUUGUGAGCUCAGUCAUAAAGAAUGGCGUCGCAUCGCGAAAAGGGAGCGUCGCAGACGUCUGCGACGUGAAGUCGCCCGACGACGUGACACCGAAGAAGAACAGCAGAGCGCAGCACUCGAACGCGACGCGGACUAUUUGAAGUCGCUCGAAGAGAAGGAGAAGUUGGAAAUGGAAAUCGAGAGGCGGGAGCAGCAAGAGCGCGAGAGAAAAUGGUUGGAGGAAGAGGCACGAGCGCAAAAGGAGUGGGAAGUCCUUCAACAAAAGAAGGAGCAGGAGAUGCGAGAGCAGCAAAAGCAGCAGAUGAAAAUCCACGAGGAACUCGAGGCGAAGAACGAGGAGUUCCGGAAGAAAGAAGAGGAGAGGAGGCGCAAGCGAAAGGAACAACUGCAGAAACGAGAGCAGUUGCUAAAGGAUAUCGAAGAUUACGUCGACAACGGAGCGAAAACGCCCGAGGCUCUGCGAGAAGUCAGAGAGACUCAACCUGGGAAAGAUCUCUGCCCGUUCUUUAUGAAGACUGGUGCUUGCCGGUAUGGAGAUAAGUGUUCGAAAAAUCACCGCACCGUCUUCCUGAGCAAGGUGAUCCUGAUCCCCGGAUUUUAUUCGCACUUUUCCCUCGAGAAAAACUGUGCGGAAUAUGACACCGAUGUGACGCUCGAGUACGAGGCGUCAGAGACAUGGCAACACUUCCGCGAGUUCUACGAAGAUGUAAUAACCGAGUUGGAGUCGUACGGAAGGAUCAACGUGCUCAGGUGUUGCUGUAACACUGAGGCGCACUUGCGCGGCAAUCUAUAUGUCGAAUACCAGACGGAGCGUGAGGCUACCAGAGCCUGGAGAAAGCUGAACGGACGUUGGUACGCUGGCAAACAGCUGAGGUGCGAGUUCGCCAACCUGACGUCCUGGAGAAGCGCUAUCUGCGGAAUGACAAAGUGUCCGAAAGGCACGGCUUGCAAUUUCCUGCACACCUACCGAAACCCACGAGACAAAUACGGCAAUAAGGACAUCCUUUUCAGACACGUGAAAGGCACUCCCCAAAUGUCGAAUAACAGCAAAAGAAGCGAACACAGGAGUAAGUCCAGGUGGGAGGAAUCCGUUCGAGAUAACGGCGAAGAAGAUCGCGACUGGAGGUGGUCCGAAUCUCCUGAGAUCGAGUUAGAGGCACGGUCGAAAGACACGAAGAAUAAACGCUGCCAUUCCACAGAGAAGGAACGAUCGCGGAGAAGUUCUCGCGACGGAAGACACAAGCGAAGCGAGAGAUCCAGCACGAGGAACUCGAACAGUUUGCGGCGCUCGAGAUCGCCCCAGGAACACUAUUAUUCGACGAGUCGCAAGAAAAGUCACGACGACGAGGAGGAUAGCGCGUCGGAUGGUCGCUCCUCGAAAAGGCGUAAGAAGAAAUCUAAAAGUAAAAAUGACGACGAAAAUGGUUACAAAGAGGGGAGACGAAAACGUUAAAUAUGACAAGACCCAAAGGUCGCGCGAAUAUAUUCUUUCUGUACACAAACUGUCUGACGAUACAUAUACAACUCCCGUACACGUAUAGAUUAGGUCAAAUUGAAAAAAAAGUCCUCUACCAUUUUGCAAAUAAUCAUAGAUUUUUGAGUUCUUGACUAAAGAAGAUUCGAAAAUGGUCGCGUACGAUUAUUGGUCAAUUCUCUUUAAUUAAUAACUCAAAAAUCUAUGUGAUUAUUUAAAAUGUUUGUGUAAAAUGAUAGAGAACUUUUUUGUUCAGUUUGACCUACAUAUACACGAAAGCUUUACAUCGUCAGACAUCCUGUAUAAUAAAUAUAUAUAAAGUAUGUAGAUUUUUUAUAUUCUACAUAUUUUAUAUUCUAUAUAUAUAUAUAUAUAUAAUAUUUUAUAUUCUACAUAUAGAAUAUAGAGAAUUUUUAUAUUCUAUAUGUAGAAUAAAAACUUACAUAAAUAUAAUAUUUUUCGUAUACUCCCGAGUUUUUCUUCGCUGUACAGUGUCGAAAUAUAUUCUCGCAACGCGAGAUCCUUUGUAUAGCAACUCUGACAAACUCUGACAAAGACUGUUACUGAGUUUUAUGCAAGUGUAAGAUAGCAUUUCAUGUUAAAUGUACAAAUAAAUAAAGAAUAAAGCAGUAUAGAAA